AUGGGGUUUGGUCAGGGGCUACGAGUCUCCAUAUGGGCCUUUAUGUUAGGUGUCUGCUGUGCCCAACAACAAGCAUUUACUACUAAUACUCCAUCUGGAACAGUGAACUUCAUCCCGCCACUGACAACAAGCCCAGAAAUAACAUCCUUCAACCCUGCUCACAAUGACCGCGUAUGCAGUACGUGGGGCAAUUUCCACUUCAAGACUUUUGAUGGGGUCAUCUUUUACUUUCCUGGGCUCUGCAAUUAUGUCUUUGCAUCCCACUGCAAUGCUGCCUAUGAGGAUUUCAACAUCCAGAUCAGGCGCGCUAUGGUGAAAAAUGCUCCUACUAUCAACCAUAUCACCAUGAAGCUCGAUGGGGUAGUUUUUGAAAUGGCAAAGAAAUUUCUUGUUGUCAAUGGCAACAGGGUUCAGCUGCCUUACAGCCAGUCUGGAAUCAUGGCUGAGAGAAGCAGCACGUAUACGAAAGUGACUGCCAAACUAGGCCUGGUUUUCAUGUGGAAUGAAGAUGACAGCAUCCUGCUGGAACUGAGUGACAAAUAUGCCAAUUAUACCUGUGGGCUUUGUGGGGACUUCAAUGGUAUUCCAACUUACAAUGAGUUCUUUUCAAACAAUGCCAAGCUCACUGCCACGCAGUUUGGAAAUAUGCAAAAGAUGGAUGGGCCAACAGAAGUCUGUGAAGAUCCUACAUCAUCCUCCCUAAACAACUGCACGGGCGAUAUUGAUGACAUUUGCCAUAAAGUAUUGACUGGCUCUGCAUUUUCAGAAUGUAAUACACUAGUUGAGGUUAGCGAGUACAUCAAGUCUUGUGAACAAGACUUGUGCCGCUGUGACCAGUCUAAGAAUGCCUUCUGUAUUUGUAACACCUUUGGUGAAUACUCCCGGCAGUGUGCCCAUGCCGGUGGAAAACCUCUGAACUGGAGAACCCCACAACUGUGUCCCAAGAAGUGUCCUUUCAACAUGGACUACCAGGAAUGUGGAUCCCCCUGCAUUGACACCUGCACCAACCUGGAAAGAGCUGAAGUCUGUGAAGAUCACUGUAUAGAUGGCUGCUUCUGUCCUGCAGGAACUGUGCUUGAUGACAUUAACAAUGCUGGCUGCAUCCCUCUUCGGGAGUGCUUCUGUACUUACAAUGGCAACUCUUAUGCUCCAGGGACAUCUUUUGACGCCAACUGCCGUUCCUGUACCUGCAAUGGAGGCCUGUGGAAUUGCAAAGACAUUCCGUGCCCUGGAUCUUGUACAGUAGAGGGAGGCUCACACAUCUCCACGUAUGAUGAAAAACGUUACAAUGUCCAUGGAGACUGCACUUAUGUUUUGUCUAAGCUUUGUGAAAAUGACGCAUUCGCUGUUCUGGGAGAACUCCGCGGAUGUGGCAUGACAGACACUAUGACAUGCUUAAAGACAAUACACCUCAGCAUUAAUGGAGGACAAACUAUCAUUAAGAUCAUUUCUGGAGGUGGUGUGUUUGUGAAUUGGAUCUACACUCAGUUGCCCUUCUCAGCAGCUGAUGUCACCAUUUUCAGACCCUCAUCCUUCUUCAUCGUGGUGGAAACAAACUUUGGACUUCAACUGGAGAUCCAACUUGUACCCAUCAUGCAAGCGUUUGUGCGACUGGAUCCAUCUUUCAAAGGGCAGACUUGCGGUCUCUGUGGAAACUUCAACAAUAUUGAGAAUGAUGACUUCAAAGCCAUAAGUGGUGUAGUGGAAGGAACAGCAGCUGCAUUUGCUAAUACUUGGAAAACACAAGCUUCAUGCCUUGACAUCAAAAACAACUUUGAGAAUCCUUGUUCCCUCAGCGUAGAAAAUGAAAAGUAUGCUCAGCACUGGUGCGGAUUGCUGACGGACAGCACAGGACCUUUUGCCAAUUGCCACUCCACAGUGAAACCAGCUGUUUACCACACGAACUGUCUGUUUGACACCUGUAAUUGUGCAAAGAGUGAGGACUGCAUGUGUGCCGCCCUCUCUUCCUAUGUGAGAGCCUGUGCUGCCAAAGGAGUCCAGCUGGAGGGAUGGAGGACUGAUGUCUGUUCCAAAUACACAACCUCGUGUCCCAAAUCGUUGAGCUACAGCUAUAACAUCAAUUCCUGUCAACCCACUUGCCGGUCUCUGAGUGAGCCCGAUGUCACAUGUAACAUCAGAUUCAUUCCAGUUGAUGGUUGCACCUGUGGAAAAGGAACCUACAUGGAUGACUAUGGCAAAUGUGUGUCUGCUAGCGAAUGUCCUUGUUAUUAUAAAGGAUCUCCCAUUCUCUCUGGGGAAGUUGUUCAUGAAGAUGGUCUUGUAUGCACUUGUGCACAGGGUAAACUGAGCUGCAUUGGAUCUGUGAACGAAAUCCAAGUUUGUGCUUCUCCCAUGGUCUACUUUGACUGCAGAAAUGUCACUGCAGGCACCACUGGAGCCGAAUGCCAGAAGAGCUGCCAGACGCUUGACAUGCAUUGUUACAGCACACAGUGUAUGUCUGGCUGCAUAUGCCCCUCUGGGCUAGUGUCAGAUGGUAAAGGCAGCUGUAUUGCUGAAGAGGAAUGUCCAUGUAUUCACAAUGAGGCUACCUACAAACCAGGGGAAGAGAUCAAAGUUGACUGCAAUACCUGCGUGUGUAAGAACAGGAUGUGGAAAUGCACCAGUGAACAAUGCCUUGGUACGUGUGCUAUUUAUGGAGAUGGGCAUUACAUCACAUUUGAUGACAAACGGUUUAACUUCAAUGGAGAUUGUGAAUACACGUUAGUCCAGGACCACUGUGGGAAAAACAGCACAGUCAAUGGAACCUUUCGAGUUGUCACUGAAAACAUCCCUUGUGGCUCCACUGGGACUACCUGCUCUAAGUCUAUUAAAGUUUUCCUAGCGGGCCAUGAGUUGAUACUCAGUGAGGAACACCUUGAAGUGGUAGAAAGAGAAAAUGGAAGGCAAAUGCCAUACCAAGUCCGCUAUAUGGGCAUGUACUUAGUUAUUGAGACCAACAAUGGACUGAUCCUCAUGUGGAAUAAGAAAACCAGCGUCUUAAUCAAACUCAGCCCUGAUUUCAAGGGUCAGGUCUGUGGCCUGUGUGGGAACUACGAUGGCAAUGGCAUUAAUGACUUUACCACCAGAACUCAGUCUGUGGUAGGAGAUGUGCUGGAGUUUGGAAACAGCUGGAAAGUCUCUCUUGCUUGUCCUGUUGCUAACACUACAAAGGACCCGUGCUCUACCAACCCUUAUAGGAAGUCCUGGUCACAGAGGCAGUGCAGCAUCAUCAACAGUGAAGUCUUUGCUGCAUGUCACUCUCAGAUUGAACCAACUAAAUAUUACGAAGCAUGUGUGACUGAUGCUUGUGCUUGUGACAGUGGAGGAGACUGUGAAUGUUUCUGUACUGCAGUAGCUGCAUAUGCUCAAGCAUGUAGUGAAUUUGGUGUUUGUGUAGCCUGGAGAACUCCAUCAAUCUGUCCUGUGUUCUGUGAUUAUUACAACCCAGAAGGGGAAUGUGAGUGGCACUACAAGCCUUGUGGAGCCCCCUGCAUGAAGACCUGUAGGAAUCCAAGUGGACGAUGCCUUCAUAAGUUACCAGGUUUAGAAGGCUGCUAUCCAAACUGUCCAGCAAACAAGCCAUAUUUCAAUGAGGAUGAGAUGACAUGUGUUGAUAACUGUGGCUGUUACGAUGCUGAAGGAAACUACUACAAACCAGGAGUGAGCUUCUACUCACAGGACAACUGUCAGUCGUGUACAUGCACUGUGGAAGGCUUAGAGUGCGAGUUUGAUGCUGAAGCAUGCUAUUGCUAUUAUGAAGAUCACAAAUAUAAAUAUAAGGAUGUCAUUUAUAACACCACAGAUGGGAUUGGAGGGUGUUUGAGUGCAACUUGUGACAUCAACGGAACCAUAACUAGAAAAGUCUUUGAAUGCAGUGGAAUUACAACUACCAUCCCAUUCACGUUUAGUACAGUUCUACCUACGAGUGCUGCAGAAACAACAACUACACCACCAGUUACAACAGUCUGUGUUCACAACAUAUGCCAAUGGUCAGAAUGGUAUGAUGUCAGCUCUCCAACAACAGACAAAAACAAUGGAGAUUUUGAAACAUUUGAAAAUAUAAGAGCUAAUGGAUAUAGAGUUUGUGAAACUCCAAGCGAUGUGGAAUGCAGGGCAGAAAGCAACAGUUCCAUACCACUAAAAAACCUGAAACAAAAGAUGACAUGUAGCAAAGACUUCGGACUCAUAUGUAAUAAUGAGGAUCAGACUCCAGAAAUCUGCUACAACUAUCAGAUCAGAAUAUUAUGUUGUACUUAUGUACCAUGUGAAUCUACAACAUCUAUCCCAUCAGUCACAACUAGUGGACACCCAACAGUAACAGUUACCUCACUUGAGUCAAAAACAGUUUCACGUCCAACUGCUUCAAUAAGUACAGAAGGUCCAACUCCAUUUCCACUUCCCACAACUUCAUCUAUCACACCCACGCUUGUGCCCCCGGUUUCCACUACAGUAUCAGUCACCUCCACUGCGUCUUCUCCAACUCCAGGCAAAGGAACACGCUCAGCAGGUACAGUACCACUGGAAACAGGCACAAUCACACCUGUGCCAGGCACGCGUCCACAGCCUUCACCAGCUUCCACUAUUCCAUCUUCAGAACAACCAACCACUGAAGGCACCACACUACUCUCUACACAGGCAACAUCUCGGGGAAGCACCACGACACUUGUACCCCCAGUUUCUACUACCGUAUCAGUCACCUCCACUGCGUCUCCUCCAACUCCAGCUUCCACUCUUCCUUCUUCAGAACAACCAACCACUGAAGGCACCACACUACUCUCUACACAGCCAACAUCACAAGAAAGCAGAACCACGCUUUUACCCCCAGUGUCAACUACCAUAUCAGUCACCUCCACUGCAUCUCCUCCAACUCCAGGCAUAGCAACAGGUUCACGUAGUACAGCAACACUUCCAACAGGCACAAUCCCACCUCUGACAGCCACGCGUCCACAACCCUCACCAGCUUCCACUCUUCCUUCUUCAGAACAACCAACCACUGAAGGCACCACACUACUCUCUACAGAGCAAAUAUCAGAGGCAAGCACCACCACGCUUUUAUCCCCAGUUUCCACUACCAUAUCAGUCACCUCCACGCGUCCACAACCUUCACCACGUUCUACUCUUCCUCCUUUGGAACAACCAACCACUGAAGGCACCACUCUACUGUCUAUGCAGCCAACAUCAGAAAGAAGCACCACCACUCUUGUGUCCCCCGUUUCCACUUCAGUAUCAAUCACCUCCACUGCUUCGCCUCCAACUCCAGGCACAGGAACAGGCUCAGCUGGUACAGCACCACUGCAAACAGGCACCAUCCCACCUGUGACAGGCACACGUGGAGAAAUGACAACAUAUUCAGCCUCCAUAGGUAAAAGUUCUACCGUUUCUGGAAGUACUAUGCUUUUAUCCACAAGCCCAGUACAGUCAACAUCACAGGGAAGCACCACCAGACUUUUAUCUUCAGUUUCCAGUACUGUUGCGGUCUCCCCAACUUUAAGCAUUAGAACCCUUGCGACAUCUACUAUAUCAAGACUUACUUCUUCAAUAUCUACAACAACAGAAGGCUCCAGUAUAGCCUACACAGCACAUGAUAAAAGUACGUCUUUCACUUCAAGCAGAGUAACACCGUGUUUGUGCCAUGUGUCUGGUCGUUUCUUUUCUCCCGGUGAAGUUAUAUACAACAGAACAGAUAACACUGGUUGUAGUUUUUAUGCACUUUGCAGUAAAAGAUGUGAAAUUGAACGACUCCAGGGGUCAUGUCCUACAACAACUCCUGUAUCAUUAAGCCUGUCCUCUACAAUACCAAGCUUAUCAACCCCAACAGCUAUAUCUUCUUCAGUGCCAGCAACUCCAGAAACUAUUCCAAUAUCAGGUUGCCCUGAUGCUGACCCGCCGAGAAAGAUGAAUGAAUCCUGGAUGUUAAACAAUUGCACUAUGGCAACUUGUGAGGGAGACAACAGAAUUGUUCUAUUGCUUCCUCCAGCUGUAGAGAUGAUUACUUGUGAAAGUGGACUCCCACCAAUAAAAGUCUAUGAUGAGGAUGGCUGCAACUACCACUAUGAGUGUGACUGUGUUUGCAGCGGCUGGAGCAGUUCUGAUUACUUGACUUUUGAUGGAACUCACUACACAUUCCAUGGCAACUGCACAUAUGUGCUGAUGAAACAGAUUGUGCCCAAAUACAAUUUCAGCAUCCUUGUUGAAAAUGACCUUUGUGAUGUGCCUGAUGGACUCUCCUGCCCUAGAUCUAUCAUUGUGAAUUACAACUCCAUGGAAAUAGUGCUGGUCAGUCAGAUACACCAAGGGGAGAAAAAUAACAAGGAAGUGAAACCGGAUAUUAUAGGANGUUAUUCCCUACCUGAGGAAAUGGCCAAAGGUUCCCUUGUGGGGAAUCUCGCCAAGGAUUUGGGAUUAAAUACCAGAGAAUUGCAGCAGCGGAAGCUCCGUGUCAGUUCGGAAAAGCAAUACUUCAGUGUGAAUGGGGAAAAUGGCAACCUGUAUGUGAAUGGCAGGAUAGACCGGGAGGAGAUAUGCGGGGAGACACCCCUUUGUUUCCUGACACUCGAAACGGUGGUGGAAAAUCCUUUGAAUGCUUUCCAUGUGAAUGUAGCAAUCCAGGACAUUAAUGAUAACGCCCCGCGGUUUAUCAAGAGUAACAUUGAACUAGAAAUCAAUGAGUUAGCACUGCCAGGUAUGCGAUUUCCUCUACGACGAGCGCAAGAUCCAGAUACAGGGAUCAACUCAGUGCAGAGUUACCAACUCAGCAAGAACUCGCAUUUUACCCUGGUUGUAAAGGAGAACCCGGAUGGAAAUAAAUACCCAGAAUUAGUGCUGGAAAAAUCUUUGGAUCGCGAAAAGCAAAACUCUCAUCACUUGAUCCUGACGGCCGUGGAUGGGGGGGAUCCAGUCAGAUCCGGGACGGCUCAUAUUAGGGUUAAAGUCACUGAUGCCAAUGACAAUCCCCCCGUAUUUACUGAGGAGAUCUACAAAGUUAGUGUGAGUGAAAACCUGCCUCGGGGCUCCUUAGUGCUUCAGGUGAAAGCCGCUGAUAAGGAUGAAGGGUUACAUUCCCAAAUCACAUACUCAUUCAGCAACGCGAAGGAAAAUGCUCGUACAGUAUUUCAUUUAGAUCCUGAGAACGGAAGAAUUACAAAUAGAGAGAAUUUGGAUUUUGAAGAAACAAACACAUACAUGCUGGAAGUAGAAGCCAGGGAUGGGGGUGGACAAACUGCACACUGCAAAAUUCGAAUAGAAAUUUUUGACGAGAACGACAAUGCCCCGGAAGUGACAUUCACAUCCGUGUCCAGCCAAAUACCGGAAGAUUCAAUGCGUGGGACAGUGAUAGCUCUGAUCAAAACCCAUGACCGAGAUACCGGAGAAAACGGACAGGUCACCUGUUACAUUCCAAAAAGUCUGCCGUUUACAAUAGUGUCCUCCUCUCGCAAUUAUUAUAAAAUCGUCUCGGAAUCUUCUCUGGACAGGGAAGGGACCCCGGAGUACAAUAUCACAAUCACAGCCACAGACAACGGCUCUCCCCCUCUCUCCACCCAGAAAACCAUCCUGUUGCAGAUCUCGGAUAUCAAUGACAACGCCCCUGUCUUUGAGAAACCUUCCUACACCGCCUAUGUGCCAGAGAACAAUCCCUCGGGGGCCUCUAUUUUCAGUGUAAAAGCCUCAGACCGGGAUCUGGACCGGAACGCCCGAGUCACUUACUCCAUCCUGAGCAGCAACCUCGAGGAGGUGCCUCUCUCCUCCUACAUCUCCAUUAACUCCCAGACCGGAGCUAUCUAUGCGCAGCGCUCCUUCGACUACGAGCAAUUCCGGGAGUUUGAAGUGCAAGUCAUUGUUCAGGGAAAUAGCUCCUCAUUUACUCCCUUCUCCCACAUGAAAGAAAAGUGGAAAGAAACAACCGUUUCUUGA